CGAAAGCAAAGAAGAAGAGAAAGUGAAGCAAAACAAAACAAGCUGGCCGAAGAAUGUUGCCAACGCAAGGGAACGCGAAGAAAACCACCUCAUCGCCGCUUUAAAUGUCAUCCGGGAGCAGCCGAAAGCAAAGCUGGCCAACGAACCUCCCAAAUCCUGUCAAACGCCGUGUGUCGUCGAGCUGAGCAGAGAGCUACGCGCGAGUGUGGAAAUUGUGUCGAAAUCUGUACAUCCAAAAAGCAAUCGAAAGUUCUUUGGCCUUCCAUCCAUUCUUGGUACUUCUUCUCAAGUUCUAAGCGGUUUUCUUGUUUUCGCAAGUCAUGGAGCGCUUCGGAGUGCCACGCGGCAAGCGGCCCAGGGUUCAGGUAUCGCUGGACGAGAAGGAGCGAGCCAUUGCCCGCAUUCGAGGUGGCGAGACCAAGGCAGGGAUCUCCCGCGAGCUUGGUGUCCCGGAGUCCACGGUGCGCGGCUGGGUCAAGCGAGCCGAGCAGCGGAUGGCCCGCGAGGCAACGCAGCAGCCUGCUCCAGAAAAAUAUUCCUCUCCAGCUGGCAAUGGCUACUCCUCUGCAGCUGCCAAUGGCUAUCCCUCGUCAGCAGCCAAUGGUUAUUCCUCUGCAGCUAACAAUAACUAUUCCUCGAUCCUGGCCAUUGCCCUAGCCAAGCCGCAGCUAACCAUUACCCAAGCUUCGGCUACUGUUACGUCUUCGUCAACGGAGCCCCUGAAGUUGCCCCAAAAGCGGACCUUCAAUGGUCAUUCCGUGGGCUCUAAUCAUCUCGAGCAUCAGGCAGCUGCUGCUGCUCCUCCCGAUGUUGUGCUGGUACCAUUGGCUUCUCCUCCGUUGCCCAUCCCAGUGCCCCUAUUUGAUUCUACCGAUGCUGAGCUUCAGGUUCGGGGAUGGUUGGAAAUCUUCAAUGCCGGCAUCAUGAACUUCACUCUGAUCGCCACGGCUGCCUUGCUUCAGGCUCGUACUCGCGGAGUGGCAGACUCACAGCCCCUCUGGCAGAUCAUCAGAGAUUAUGCGGAUGAAGCGGCACGCAAUGUGGCCGCCAACAGGGGUCAAUAUGUCAUGAGCGCGGCUCCACCGGCCAUUAGAUCUGUGCCUCAGGUGACCAGAUUGAUGUCUUCUACAAGUCCCAGGCAUCGGUCGAUGCGCUCGCAUAGCAGCAACAACAACAAAGCACCACUGCGUCUUCAUAUCACUGCCGAGGACGACGAGGAUGGGUACACGGAGACCGAUGUGUAGUGUUCAUUACACCCCUAGGAUCUAGCGGGUUUAUUACUGAAAAAUGUUUAUUGUUAAGAACUAA